AUGCAACCUAUGGAUGUGGCCGUCUACGGCCCACUGAAAACGUAUUUUGAACGAGAGAUUAAUACGUUCCAAAAGGCUCAUCCUGGACGCAUUGUAAAUCAGUACGAUGUAGCCAGACUGUUAUCACCAGCUUUUCUGAAAAGUGCAGUCGCCAUAAAUGCAGUUCAUGGGUUUGAACGACCUGGAAUUUGGCUAGUGAACAAAUAUGCUUUUGGGGAUGAAGACUUUGAACCAGCGGAUGUGAUAGCAGGCAAAUCAAGUAUGAAUGUCAGCACAGUAGGCAUAGAUUCGAUACAAAUAAUAGAUAUCCUUGAUUCCGCUGCCUCUUCAACCCCUUCACCCUCACUUUUACAAGAAUGCAAUUCGACAGUUGAUCCCCAUUCAGAAAUAGUUCUACCUCCAGGAAAAGCUACAAUUUGUGAAUUAUCUAAACCUCAACCUCAAGUCUCUGUUGCACCAAUUGUAGUUUCCUAA